AUGCAAACCAUGAAUAAUAACAAUGGUGUUACUAAUAAUGAUCGUGUCGGAGAAUUUGUUGAUAUCGCGAAUUACAAUUCAAGUCACGUGAACACAUCACCAAAUAUAAAUUCGACACGUACCUAUACUCCACCAUUAAUGGGUACCUAUGCUCGUGCAGCUAAAAGUCGAAUCGAUGGUGAUAUGGGACCCAUACGUAUCGAUGGUACAGAUACAUAUAAUGAACAAUUACAGCAUCAUUAUCAAAAUGUUCGACAAAUUAUGGACGCUCAACAAUCGAAUCAAACAUCAAAAGCUGAUCAGUCAAGGUCAUCAUCAAAUACAAGACAAGAUUUUUUCGAUCAGCAAGUUCAAUCAUCAACCUAUGAUUCUCCACCAUUGGAGCAAAAGCCAAUGCAAAAGUUAAUUACAACAAUAACAACAACAACAACAUCAACAUUGCCAACUUUAAGUAAUCGUACAAAUUCACUAAAUCGAUUAUCAUCAAUAGAAGCUGAUCGUGCGCUUGAACAACCAUCAACCAAUGUGAAAACAAUUAAAAGCGACUUUAAACAACAACUAAUUGCAAAUGAACAUACGGAAAGACAGGAAAAUUUUGUAGACUCUAAUAAUCAAGAAACUCGUCGUCUAAUAAAUUUUCCACUUAUAAAAACAACUGGUGCUACUGAUCUUGAUAAAGCUCAAGCUCAAUUUGAUAAUGUAAAUGACGAUCAUCAAGCUAUUCAACAAUUAACACGAGCCCUUCAUGAUCAUAAUAAAACAACAGUCAAUGAAUAUAAACGUUUACCAUCACAAACAAAUACAGGUGUACUUAAUACAACAAUAACGACGCGUACUACUGUUGUUGAUCCAAAAACUAAACCUGUAAAAAGUGAAUUUACUGUUAUUGACGCUUUACUUGCCAAUCCAUUAGCAAUAAAUGAUGAUAAACAUAAUAAUGCAUUACAUAAACGUUUCAAUGAUAUUAUAUCGAAUUUACGAAAUUCGGAAUGUGUUAAUUUAUUGAAACCAUCAACAGGAAAAGAAACAACAAAGAAUUCACCAAAGACUACUACAGUUGAAAUUGUUACUACACCACUAAAGGAAAGACAAACAGAAUCCGUCAUAGAGCCUAUUUUAAAUUCUUCUGAACAGACGCCAUUACUCAAUGCAAAAGAUAAGAAAAAGCAAGAUAAAGAGAAUAAGAAAAAAACUAAAAUCAAAUCGAAACAAUUAUCAAAAAAUGAAGAUUAUCAAGUGAUUGAUGCAUUGAUUAACAAUCCAACGUCAGUUUAUCUACCAGAUGAAUUUCUAACCAAAUACAAAGUUAUUCCUCCAUCGUCACCAUUAUUUGCCAUUCCUGGAAUACUAUCAGACAACAAGGGCACACAAUCGGAUCCAAACGUUAAAAUUGAUGCAGUUCAUUAUCUUGCGAAAAUUAUUAAGGAACUUACGUUACAUCAUGCAGCUGCACUAACUGCAUCAACGACUAUUACAAAAGUUCAAAUGCAAAAGUCAACUAAACCUAUUGAUUCGAAUGAAUCAAUUCAACAACAACAAGUGUUGACAAAUUCCAAUCAACUCACAGAAAAAACGCCACUACCACCAGGAUCGAGUACACCACGAAUUGUUUAUCGAUAUAUGGAUGAUCAAGGAAAUGUACUUAAAUUAUCAUCAACACCACCAUCAAAACUACGUGAAACUAUACCAGAGCAAUCACAACAAUAUUUCUAUCGUAAAAUGGAACCAACACAUACGAAUACUCGACAAAUUACAAGAGAUGAUGAACGUAUGAAUCGAAGAUCAGAAAAUGGACAAGAACGCACUUUAUGGCAUGAUGAUUCAAGGCCAACCUCAGCAGUAACAAGAGCAAAUUCAGGAUUUCAAGAUAAACGCUCAUCACAGUUAGGUGAACAAUCUCAACAGUAUUCAUGUCGUAAAGCUGAACCAACAUAUAUUCCUACUCGAGAUGAUGACUAUCUUCAUCGAGUACCUGGACAUGAACAACGUGUACUAUGGCACGAUGAUUCAAAACCUACCAGAACAUUAGCAAAAGAAAAUUUACAAUUUCAAGAUCAAAAUCGAUCAAAAUCCUGUGAUCGGCCGUUAUCAGAAAUGCGUGCAGCACCUGUACCAGUUGAACAUCGACAUUCAGGAAACACUUCUCCUCGGGAACAACAUACGCAUCAUCAUAAUCAUUAUCCAAAUCAAGAAAACAUUUCAUUAACUUGGUUACCACUUUCUCAUCAAUGCAAGCCAACUGGUUGCGAUACAGAUUCAACGAUUCAUGAACGUACGCCAAUGCGUCAUACACAUGACUAUGUACCUACACAUGCACAUUGUCAUCAUAAUAAACGAGAAGUCCUUCAAAAUGCAUUUUAUGACAAUCAUCCAACUGGUCACGCUUAUUACCCAUCUCCACCGCCUGUGUCGUGUCCUGGUCCAGCUAAAUUACCUGAACAUGGCUGUAAUGGUUGUUUUCGAAAUUAUAUCGAAGUAUUUCGUGAUGGUGCAGCAUUACCAAGCGAAGUCUAUUCAGUACCACUAGAUGAUUCACUAUCAACCAAUUGUCAUGGCUCAUUUUACGAUCAAUAUGACGAAAACAAUGACAACAAUUCCCCUCGAACAUGCUUACUGAAUAGACACAAUGAAAAAAGCAUUCCAUCAAAACCAAAUCAUAAUCUGCAUCAUCAAUACAAUAGGCAUAGUAGUCCGAAUCGUGAUUAUAUUUAUAUUGAUAAUUAUUUACCUCAAUCGAAAUCAUUUGAUUAUCGUCCCUUACGCACCAAACUUCAACGUGAACAUAAUAUAACGCCACGUUUACUUGUUGAUGAAUGGGAUAAUUCUCAACAAAAUGCACCGACUGGCUAUAAUAAAUAA